AUGACGGCGAAGAGACGCCCCCAGACCAUCGUCAGUGAGGACACCAACGCCGCGACGCGGAGAGCACCUGGAAAGCGCGGGAGCCACACAGCAGCCUUGGCGGCCGCGGGGACCCUGAAGAUUAACGGCCGACUUCCCGCAGAAGCAGCGGAGCUCGGCAGGCGACCCGGUGGCAGGUCCGGACUCGGUGCCUCCCGCCUGGUCCGGAGCCUGCCACGCUCCAUCCGCCUUUACAGACUCAGGGGCUCCGAGGCCACAGUCCGGGAGCUCAUGAAGGACUUCCUGGAGAAGAGGGACAAAGGACAGCUCCUCAUACAGAGAAACCGAAGGCUCAAAGAGAAUCUUUUGAGACCGAUGCCGCUCUCCGUGGCUGAGGAUGGGUACGUUCACUGUGGCCACAGGGUGAUGCUGGUGAACCCCGCCCCCGCGGAGCCGGAAGCCCCCCGGUCUCUGGGCGGCGACCUGAGCCUGUGCAUGACCCCGGAUGAAAUUAGAGCCCAUCUCAGCGACGAGCUGGAGGUGCCGUGCGGCCUGAGCGCCGCGCAAACCAAGGUCCCAGUUGGCAGAAACACUUUCAUCAUCUUAAGCGCCGACGGAGAUGCCACCGGCCGGGUCCUCAGGUUCGGACAGAACUUCCGCCUCGCCAUGACGGGAGGAUUUGAAGACAAAACGCUGUACUUAUCCAGCGACCACAGGACCCUCCUGAAGUCAUCCAGGCGGUCUCGGCUCCAGGAGGUGUACCUGACUGACGAGGUCUCCUACCUGAACUGCUGGCAGGCUGCCUUCCUGGACCCCCAGCUGCGCCUGGAACACGAAGGCGCCCCCGUCCCGCCUCUCAUUUUCCUUAUCGGAGAGACGGGGUGCCGGCGGUGUCUGCCUGACCAGGUGCAGUGA